GGAACAUGUUUCCAUCGCCAGCAAAACGUCUACGUUCAAUGAGCCUUAACUAUAAUAAGUUCAGAUAUCUUCCUCACGAUUUGUUCACUGAUAUGCCAGAGCUUCGAAUAGUUGAAAUGACAAACAACAGGCUGCAAGUAUUAGAAGACUACGUGUGGAAAAACGUUUUUAAUCAGCUCACAAAAUUGGAUUUUUCAGAUAAUCCUUUACAGUGUGAUGCUUCAUUGAAAUGGAUGCUGAGUUCCGUUAGCAAACCUGUUUUAUUUUAUGGAGAAUGUGAAACUCCAGAAAAGAAUAAAGGAAAAUCAAUAAAGCGUUUAAGGAAAGAAGACUUGAACUAGUUCCUCUAUUUGGAAACUGCAUAUAUAAAUAAAUAUUAUUUAGAUUUGA